CUGAACUCAGCACGCGCGCGCGAGCGAUCUCCAGAGUCCGCUGGUUUCGCCCUCGGCUACCUGCUCGGGGCGGCGUUCGAGGGACGGCGGUGCUGCCUGGCUGGGCGGUGCGGGAGGGGGUGAGCAGCUGCGGGCGGCGGCGAUCUGGGCAUGGGGAACGCGAGCGCCAGGGCGGUGGAGAACGGCCACGCGGCGGCGCCGAUGGAGCAGGUGGCCGUGGCCCCCGUCGGCGGGAGCUCCGCGGAGGCCGCGGCGCCGCCGGACGCCGUGAUGCGGGAGCUCCCUCCUCCGGUCCCCUACGUCUUCGCGCCGCAGGUUCCAGUAGCUCCGAUGCAGAUACCGAAUGAAUUUUCACCUGCUUUUAACCAUUCAUGGAUGAAUGGCUCGGAUGAAUCCACCAACAAUAACCCCCCGGAGGUUGAAAUCCCAACUUUGAUUACAUGGAGUCAAGGAGGAAACGAGGUGUUUGUGGAAGGAUCAUGGGAUAACUGGACAUCAAGGAAGGUGUUAGAGAGGUCUGGGAAAGAUCACGCCGUGUUGUUGGUUCUGCCAUCUGGAAUAUAUCAUUACAGGAUGAUUGUUGAUGGGGUGCCGAGAUAUGUGUCCGAACUACCUCAUGUGACUGAUGAAAGAGGGCAGGUGGCCAACCUCCUUGAUGUCCAUGAGUAUAUCCCAGAUAGUCUUGACAGCGUGGCGGAGUUCGACGCGCCCCCAUCGCCUGAGCACAGCUACAACAUGGAGUUCCCAACCGAUGAGGAGCUUACCAAGCAGGAUCCGCCCGCUCUUCCACCUCAGCUUCUCAUGACUGCCCUUGGUGGCAUCGAUCACUCCGACGAACUCGCUCCAAAGCCGAAGCCGCAGCAUGUCGUCCUCAACCAUCUGUUCAUCGAGAAAGGGUGGGGGGCGCAGUCUCUGCUCGCCCUCGGACUCACCCACCGGUUCCAGUCGAAGUACGUGAACUUCGUGCUCUACAAACCGCUGGUGAGGAGGUGACCAGUGCCGCUGGUGGAAGAUGAAAGAAAGCAACGGUGGCUGAUUAGGACUGAUGGGAGUGAAUAGGAGAGUGUAGUUUGACAAUGUACAUAAGGGGGAUUCCGUAAUCAUCCGUUUCUCUUUUCUUCUUUCUUUCUUUCUUUCUUUCUUGAGUGAACUGUUCUUGUGGCGUGGGGUUUGAACCGUCUGAACUCCGGCGAAAUGAAACAAGAGGGAGUGUUGUGAAAA